AUGUUCGUCGAGAUCCCCUACGUCUUUGGCAGCAGUCUCCUCUUCAUCAUCGUCUUCUUCCCUCUCCUCGGCAUCUGGUCCUUCAACACGGCUGUGCUCGACUGGACCAACUUCGCCCUCUCCGUGCUCAUGCAGACGCUCCUGGGCCAGCUGCUCGUCUACUUGCUGUCCAGUGGCGAAGUCGUUGCCCUUGUGGGCGUCCUCAGUAACAUCAACACGACACAAGUUCCUUAA